CCUUUUCUUUUAAAGCAAGCUGCUCUCCGCAUUCUUCCUCCAAACCCCUUCCCACUUUUGUCUUGAUUCACCCGUCAACUCAAUCCCACCACCAUCAUGCCUUUCACUGCCUCUGACAUCUGCAAGAUCUUCUUCGCCAUCAUCCUGCCUCCUCUGGGUGUCUUCCUGGAGCGCGGAUGUGGUGCUGACUUCCUGAUCAACAUCUGUUUGACCAUCCUGGGUUGGAUCCCCGGUGUCAUCCACGCCUUCUACAUCAUUUUCAAAUACUAGUCAAGCACGCAACGGAACAAGCAACGCCGUGUCGUCCAGGUCUAUCCGCCCGGCAC